AUGGCAGAAGAAAAAUUAAUAGAGGCAGUGAGGGAACACAGAGAGCUGUAUGACACAAAACACGCAGACUACAUGAAGGUCAAACUCAAGAACCGGAAUUGGGGUGAUAUAGCAAAGGAUCUGAAUUUGAAAGACGGGGAAGAGACAAAAAAUUCGUGGCUGAAGCUGAGAGGCAGCUAUCGAGAUGCACGACGACGACAGGUGAAAUAUAUGAAAAGCGGAGCUGCUGCUGAGAAUAUCAAGCCGUGGAGAUAUCAAAACCAGAUGUCAUUUCUUGAACCUUUUAUGACAGCUGGUCCACGUGAUAGUAAUCUAGGUGAUGACAGUGAUCACACCUCACAAGCUACAACUAAAACAUCAGCAAGGAAUUAG